AUGGCGCUCUUGGGGAUUUCGUUGAUUCUCGCCUCCGUUGUCCUGUUCUGCAUGCGGAGACCGUCGUGGUUUCCGUCUCUAUUUGGCGGACAACAUCGGCCCUCUCUUGAGCCUGCGCCGGCACAGGAAGCCGGCAUCGCAAAAGAUGAACAACAACGAGCCGAUGACUCGGACGCGGAGAACGGGUCUCGGGCCUCAAUACUGUUAAUUCAGCAUACGGCACCAGGGGCUGAGACCGACCCUCACAUUUCCAAAGACGAUGGAGAAGAACAGACGACACCGAAGGCUUCCGCGACAAUCCUCGACGUUGCAGUUCCCGCGCUGUCGCUCCCUGCGUCGGGGUUAGCGCAAACUCCUUCCGCUCCGAAAUCUACAAACGGCACGGCCCGGGCCGCGGCGAUGACGGCAUCGACAUCAACAUCGACAUCAUCCGCCUCCAGCCUCAUGCCGCCUCCUUCACGCCCACCCACUUUGCGACCCCUCCCCAACAGCGGGCCGCCCUGCCCACCACCCUCCUCUUCCCCUACCUCCCUCGCGCCCCCACGCGGCCGCCCUUCCCCUCUACCCGCUCGCGGCCCGGGCUGUUCGACCCUCGCGCCACCUCCCACCCACUCCUCCAAGCCCAACAAGCCCUCGCGCGCCGUCGUCCUCUCCCCGGGCCACUCCCCGCUCGACUGGGCGCGCCUCACUGGCCACCCGGCCUCUGACCUACGUGGUCUUCCGGCCGGCUCCCCUUACCUCCGUGUGACACCUAGCAUGCUCAAGAAGAUGACCGGGCGCAAGGGGAAGGAUGCAUGGACGGUGCUAGGCGGGCGAGUGUACAACAUAACGCCGUACCUGCCGUUCCAUCCCGGAGGGGAACCAGAGUUGUUGCGGGGUGCGGGCAGAGAUGGGACAAAGUUGUUUGGGGAGAUUCACCCGUGGGUGAAUUAUGAGGGGAUGUUGGCUGCGUGUUUGGUGGGAAUCUCUGUCUCGGAGGACGAAGCGGAUGAGCAAGCGGGGUUGGCGACGAAGAGCAGUAAUGAUGCUGGAAUCGGAGGGAAUGGCGGGGACAUGGAAGCGAUGGACUAA